GAGUACAGAUCCAUUACUUCUUUUCCUAUAAAUUAUUUUUUGUGUUUGUCAAUUUUCCUUGUUUUUAGUAAUGUUCCCCUCUUCAAUUCUAGGCUGAUGUGUUCUUUUGUAGAUACACUUCUACGCAAUGUAUCAACUUUUCUGAGUCAUCGUGAAGAAAACUAAGGAAGAAAAAGAUCAAGCAAACCACAUGGAUUCACUUUUAACCAGGAAUCUCUUUAUCAUCUUUUUGCAAAAAGCCUCAUUUUUGAUAAGCUUGUAUGGAAAAACAAGCAUGCAAAGUUCAAUUUGUUAUAAAAGACACUGCAGCUUUGCCCUUUCCAUGUUGUCCUCCACUCAUGCACCUAAAAGCAAAUUUAAAGCAUGGACUAGUGUUACAGAUUAAUAAAUACUGCAUGAUUUCAAUCUUCUUCCAGCCUCAAGAUUUUUCCUAUAUGUUCCUCUGAAUUCCCUGAAUUAUUUCCACCUAACUCGUAUGAAAUGGCAACAACUCCAUCAGUGACCCCAGAUCAAGAGCAGCUGCAGCCUCAAGAAUCAGUGCCUAAUCCUGUAUCAGUGUCAGCAACCACAAGUGCUUGGCAUUCUUCAGGAUCUAUAGGACCAUUCUUUGCAGUCAUUUCUGUCCUGACAGUUCUUGCCGUCAUCUCAUGCUUUGCGGGAAGGAUUUGCAAAGGUCGAAGCGUUACACCGCCGGAGAACAUCCAGCAUGGAGGUUGUCUUGGCUGGUUGAGAAGGAAAUGGUGCGCCUGCGCUAAUAAUGAUGCUGAAGUUUUAGGCAACAAGGCAGCGGAAAGCAAUGAUGUGAGACUCUUAAUAGUAGACAAGGAUGACUUUAGAAGAUUUUGGUGCUCUAGAUUCUUGGGUCUGUGUUAAUUUGGGAGCAGAAAUUGCCAGGUAACCAUCUAAAUCUUGGUUCAUUUGUUUUCUUUGCCUCCACUUACUUUGGUUAAUGAGUAAAAUUAUGUGCAAAAAGAGCAAAAUUCAUGUGCUAUGUAAUCGAUGUCAGUUCCACAGAGAUUAAGGGCCAUGAAAGUUUUAACUUUAGAACUACUUUUCAAAAGUAUAUUGAGAGAUCCAAAUCCAAAGGAUCCAAAUAAAAAUUACUAUCAAUCUUUGAUCCGUC